AUGAAUAAAACCAAUAGCAUAAAGAUAAGAAGAAGAACCACAAACUUAAAUUUCAAAGAAAAUGAAACUAGUAAUAUCUUUAAAUAUAUAUUUCCAAAUUUGAAUAAGCAAAGUGAAAUCCCACAUCAGGUAAAUACAAGGCUAGUUCUUGGUCAGGGUAAGGAAGCUGGAGGUGUUGUGCAUGUUGUGCACAUGCAACUUCCUGUGCCUGUAAGUUCUUAUGAAUUCAACCCCUGGAUUCCAGCUCAAGGUACUAAAUCUAAGUUGUCUGGCAACUCCUCAAGUGGUUUUUCUCAGGUUGGUGAAAAUCCUGCUACCAAUACCAGAUUGGCUAAUAGUAAGAAUUCAGGGUUAAAUAAACCCUCUAAACAAUUGAUGAUUAAGCAACAUCUUCAGCUUUAUCAUUUACCUUUCAUCUCUCUCCUGGAAACAAAGAUUAAGGAAUCUAAUAUCAAAGAUGCUGCGAAAAGAAUUGCUAAAGAAUGGGAUUGGCUUUCAAAUGUGAAUAAUUCAGAGAAGGCUAGGAUUUUCAUACUGUGGGAUCCCAAUAUCCUAAGUAUUCAACAGAUGAGCCUCUCUAGCCAGCAGAUUACCUGCAAGGUUAACUCUAUUGAUGGUAGACUUUCAUGCAUCAUAUCAUCAGUAUAUGGUUACAACAAUAUCCAAGAUAGAAAAAGCUUAUGGGAAGAAUUAACUCUUAUUCAUAGAUCUGUAGGAAACCUGCCUUGGAUUAUAUGUGGAGAUUUCAAUGCUAUGGUUGACAGUGGUGAGAAGCUUGGUGGCUCAACAUUAACUGAUGCUGAUACUAUAGAUUUCAGGUCUUUUAUUGAUGAUUGCCAGCUCACUCACUUGAAAACAAUAGGGUGUUUUUUUACAUGGAACAACAAACAAGACAAGGAUUCUAGAGUCUGGAGUCGGCUGGACAGGACUCUAGUUAAUGACAAUUGGAUUCAACAUAUUAACUCUAGUCAUGUGGAAUAUAUGGUGCCCAGAUUAUCUGAUCACUCCCCAGCUAUUGUCUCAGUUUAUGAUGACCCCUCCUAUGGUAAAAAGCCUUUCAGGUUUUUUAAUAUGUGGACAAAGCAUGAUGAUUUCUCUACCACUGUAUCUAGUAUCUGGCAAACUCAUAUCAAUGGAUUUCAUAUGUACUCUGUCUAUUCUAAGCUUAAAAUGUUGAAAGGAGCUCUGAAGUCACUGAACAGAAGACAUUUUGGUAAUAUUAGUGAACAAGUCAUUAGAGCAAAGACAGAGAUGGAGAAAGCAAGAACUGCCUGGUACAUUCAAGGUGAUAGAAAUUCUAAGCUUUUUCAUUCAGCCAUCAAAAACAACAGACAUAACAAUAGAGUACAAGUACUAUAUAAUAGUCAGGGAGAUAGAAUUACUGAUGGUGAAGAGAUAAUUAAAGAGUUCAUCUCUUACUAUAAAAACUUGAUGGGGACUGCCAUUCCUACUGUAAAAACUGAGAGCCAUGUUAUUCAAAAUGGAACAUGUCUGAGUCCUUUCCAAGUCAGUGAUCUAUCUAAACCAGUCACAAGUGAUGAAAUAAGAAGUGCAAUCUUCUCAAUGUCAGAUAACAAGGCCCCAGGCCCUGAUGGUUUGGCUGUGAUUGGGAGUUUAGUCAAUGAAGCUCAAAGUGCUUUUGUGAAAGGUAGACAAAUAUCAAAUAAUAUCUUACUUGCACAUGAGCUUGUGAAAAAUUAUGGAAGGAAACACCUAUCACCAAGGGUGAUGAUCAACAUAGAUAUAAGAAAGGCCUUUGAUUCUAUUAGCUGGGACUUCUUGCAGGACAUAAUGACAGGUCUGGGUUUCCCUCUGGUAUUUGUUAAAUGGAUUAUGAGUUGUAUCUCUUCACCUAACUAUUCUGUCUCCCUGAAUGGUAGUCUGCAUGGGUUCUUUAAAGGAGGAAGAGGUUUAAGGCAAGGGGAUCCUCUCUCCCCCUACCUCUUCAUUCUUGAUGACCUCCUUCUUUUCUGCAAAGGGGACUCUUAUUCAGUGAAUAAACUCUUUCAAUGUGUUAAAUCCUUUGGUGAUUGCUCUGGACUAGAGGCAAAUCCUUCAAAAUGUUCUAUUUUUUAUGGCGGGGUCUCUGAAGAUACUAAGCAGAUGAUUAACAACUCCCUGGGCUUCUGUGAAGGUAAACUGCCAAUCAGAUAUCUGGGGCUCCCUCUUAUUUGCAAAAGAAUGUCUUUCAUUGAUUGCAAUCCUUUACUUCUGAAAAUUUCCAAUCAAUUCCAGAGCUGUAUGAAAAAUAAAAAUCUGUCAUAUGCUGGUAGAAUUCAGAUUAUCAAGAGUGUUAUCUUGGGAGUGCAAAUUUUCUGGACAUCUAGUUACAUCCUCCCUGUUAAAGUGCUUCAAAAAAUUGAUGAGUUAUGUAGGAGCUUUCUAUGGGGAAAAUCAGAUCAAACUUUCAAAUCAGCUCUUGUAUCAUGGAGUAAAGUCUGUGUACAUAAGAAAAAUGGAGGAUUGGGAAUCUUCUCAGCUAGGCUUUGGAACACUGCUGCAGCUCUCAAAAUUCUUUGGAGUAUUCACAUGAAUAAGGAGCAAUUAUGGAUUAAAUGGUCUCAUGAGAACUACAUUAAAAACAGCAGCAUAUGGCAUAUAAAUCCUAAGAAGGGGGAUUCUUGGAUGUGGAAGCAGCUUUUGAAAAUCAGAGAUAAAUGCCUUGAGUUGUGUGGAGGGACUGAAAAUCUCAAACAGCUUAUCAAUUCUUGCUGUGUCAAUUCUAAAGUCCAGAUAUCUAGUCUCUAUUCCAGUUUAUCACCUGAUACAACAUGUGUGGCAUGGCACAAUACUGUGUGGGAAAACUUGAGCAUUCCUAAACACUCUUUUACCUUGUGGCUGGCAGUCAAUGAUAAGCUUCAAACUCAAGACAGACUUCUCAAGCAUGGGAUUAUACAAGCUUCUGUCUGUAAACUGUGUGAUGGUCCAUCAGAGAGCAGAAAUCACCUCUUUUUUGAGUGCAAACUAUCAAAUUAUGUGUGGAAUGGUAUUAUGGAAUGGCUCAAAUUCAAAUGGAGAUCUUGCAAUUGGACUGCACUACUGAACUGGUACAGUUUCAGACUAAGGGGAAAUGGAAUUAAACAAAAAAUUAAAAGAAUGGCAUUAGCAGCUGCAGUAUAUAAUAUUUGGAAAGAGAGGAAUAACAGGAUUUUCACAUUGAAGAAUAGAUCCCCUGAUGUUGUUCUCAGGAAUAUUAAGAUGGAUAUCCUAGUUGCUUUGUUGAAUAACUCCCCUUCGGAUGAAGACAGAUUGGAUUCUCUCCUUGCGCUGAUAUAUUACAGAGGGGGAGCCAAGCAGCGGGGUUUCUCUGGCCGGAGAUUGGGUAAGGUCGUCGAGGUCCUCGCAGACCUCGAAGGUGAGCUCGGCGUGGAGGUUCCGGAGGUUGUAAGCUAG